GCAGAGUCUGCUGACUGGCUUAAUGUACUACAGACCCGAUGACCCAGUUGAGUAUAUGGAAAGCUGUCUGAAGAAGGUGAGGGACCUGGGCGGAACAGAGAAGGUGAGAUGGGAUACAUUCGUCGGCCAGGAGAAAAAAUCAUUAACUCCACUCAAUGGAGGACAAUCCAGGAGGUCUUUCUUCCGAAAUGUGUUGCCAGAUAGCUCUAAUUUUCCUUACCGGAGAUAUGAUCGGUUGCCUCCAAUCCAUCAGUUCUCUAUUGAGAGUGACUCGGACCUGUCUGAGACUGCUGAGCUGAUUGAGGAAUAUGAAGUGUUUGACCCAGCAAGACCACGUCCCAAGAUAAUCCUUGUUAUUGGUGGGCCAGGCAGUGGCAAAGGGACCCAGAGCCUAAAGAUUGCAGAGCGCUAUGGGUUUGAAUAUAUUUCUGUUGGGGAGCUUCUGAGAAACAAGAUGAUCCACAAUGCCACCAGCAACAGGAAAUGGAGCUUAAUUGCAAAAAUAAUUACAAAUGGAGAAUUGGCACCACAGGAAACAACUAUUACAGAGAUAAAACAGAAACUGAUGCAGAUUCCCGAUGUACCCGGGAUAAUUAUUGAUGGAUUUCCUAGAGAUGUUGCCCAAGCACUAUCUUUUGAAGACCAG